GCCUCAUCUAUACCUGCAAUUACUUUUUUUUCCCCACCCGAUGGGGCACCUGACAUAGGCACGGAAUCUGUGGAGCUGCCCUGACAAACUGUCCCUGUGCGUCCCUGAAGACAGCCGUGCUCCCGAGSCGGGGCGGCGGGACCCUUUCCCUGCCCACACAUGGCUUCAGCAGCCCUCGGCCCUUCCAGGARCCCCGGCUGGCAGCUCCCCUCGGUCCCCUCUGGAGCCGGGGCACGGAGCUGCGAGGGGCGAGGGCCAGCCCGUGUGAGGGAAGUGUGUCACACGUGGCUCUGCAGCCAGGCACGCACACAGGUAUGGACACCUCGGGCAGGUGCCCUCCCGCCCCGCCUCUCCCGGGUCAGCCCAGCCGGCCCGGCUGCCCCCAGGCUCUGGCCUGUCAUCCUUCUGCAACCCAUCCACCUAAUGACACAGCAGAGAGCUGCCAAGGGGACAACGUGACUCCAGAAGCUGCAGCCUGGGAAAAAAAAAAAAAAAAAAAAAAAAAAAAAAAAAGAAACCAACCGAACAACCUUAAAUGUGCACAAUCAGGUGAUGAGUGUUUGUAUUUCUGAUGCUUUGACGCCAGCUCACAACCCUUCCUCCACGUAAUUUUCAGGAUGUUUGGGAAGGGGUGUUUUAAUAGGAUGAGGUAGUCACAAAGCUUUAAAGAAAUAAGUGAGUGAAUCGUCUAUGGUAAUAGCAACAUACUCCGGACUGGGCACAGUGACGAAGUUCACAUCUAUUUUUAAGCCUGCCUGGCAGCAUGUAGGUGCAGAAGAGAGCCCAUGACCCUUUUUGCUGUUCKGAAGCCAUGCACAUGGCUGCUGUCUCUGUUCCAGUUCAACAUCAGAGCUGUUKUUUCUUCCUAACGAGUGCUAUGGGAAGACAGAGAAGCCUCAAGCUGUUUUAAAGAUUGUGCAACGAUGUUUGGGAGCCUACCUGCUUUUGCUUGAGUGCUUUCCUCACUCACAUUUCACAGGAUGCGACAGGAAGGGAAAUACAAUCGAAUCCGACAACCGUGGUAAAUUGGACUCGAAUCCUUCAUAUGCCCUGGGGCUGAGGUGGGUGCCCCUCAGAUAAGCAAUCUAAUCAGCUUUGCACUUGUGUCCCAUCUGGAAACAGAUUGUUGCCGGAGUACACCACCACCUGAGAAGCAAGCUUCAGUUAAUUCGUUCAGCCAAGGUGAUUUCAUGCCAGAAUGCAGUCUUCAAACAAGAAGCAGGAUUGCACUGCCUGUGGCACGCAUAUGUAUGGUGCCUACCCGGCAGAUUGGCUGGUGCGACAAAGAGCCAUGAACCACCCCAGACACAUGGGUAAGAUACGGAAAAGGCUGGAGGAUAUCAAGAACCAGUCCUCGAAGUUGACAAAAGUGGAUUUCAGCCACAACGAAAGCAUAAGAUUGGCCACCGAUGCCUUCUUGGAUGGUGGGACGGACUCUUAUCUCGAAACUCUAAGCAGAGAGGGCGAGGUGGAUUUCCUCUCCUCGGUGGAAGCUCGGUACAUCAAGGAUAACGCCAAGGAGUCUUACUAUGCACAGGAGUCCUCAGCCACCGACGGGGCGGCUGUGCCAAACCAGAACGAUGCCAAGUCACUUCCUUCAGGGACCUACUUCCCCACCAUUUCUGACAGCARUGAGUCGGCUCUGCUCCACACAUGGAUUACAGCCGAGAAGCCCUAUUUAAAGGAAAAAUCCACCGCCACUGUGUAUUUCCAAACAGAGAAAAACAGCAACAUAAGAGACAUCAUACGCCGGCACAUCCACAAGACCACUCAGGUGUUGGCUAUCGUGAUGGAUGUGUUCACAGACACUGAGAUUCUUUGUGACCUCCUGGAGGCAGCCAAUAAGCGCCUGGUCUUUGUCUACCURUUGCUCGAUCAUGGCAGCAUAGAUCUUUUCUCGGAGAUGUGCGACAAGUUGCAGAUUGCUGAGGAUCUCUUCAAGAAUAUUUCAGUCCGCAGUGUUACUGGAGAGGUUUACUGUGCCAAAUCAGGCAGGAAAUUUUCAGGACAAAUACGAGAAAAAUUUCUUAUCUCUGACUGGAGAUAUGUGCUCUCUGGAUCUUACAGCUUCACAUGGUUGUGUGGCCAGGUUCACCGUAACCUCCUCUCUAAGUUCACGGGCCAGGUUGUGGAGCUGUUUGACGAGGAGUUCCGGCACCUGUACGCGCUGUCCAAGCCCGUGAGGGGCCCCAGGUCCCCGCCACGCAGCCUCCCCUUCCUGUUCAGCAGGAGCUGGGCCCCCUCACGCAGCCUCCCCUACAGCGAAGAGGAGAGUGCCAACACCCUUUCCGACUCCCUCAGCAGCCUCUCAGCUGGCAGCACCCACCAGACCAAGCAGACCCCAGGAACUCUCAUGUUCAACAGCAACUUCACUCCCCAGUCACCUCUCCACCGAGUCAAUUCCUUCCACAGCUAUGUCUCCUUCACUCCCCCGCCUCCACAGAAGGCCAUCCAGCCUAACUACUAUCAGCCACAGUAUGUAGCCGAAAAUGCCACCGUUCCCUAUAACAACAUGAACAUUUACAGACCCAUAAGACUCAGGCAAGAGGAACCGAACAGGACAGGGUUAAGCUCCUCCUGGAGAUGCCUCCACAAAGCUAACCCGUUUGCAUAAUAACCACCUUGUUUGGAAAUGCAAGUAAAUAUAGCGAGGAGCUGUUUAGCAAUCGCUUGUGUGCUGAUGAAUAUAGAAAUUCUGUAUAAUACAAAAUGAGGAUGAUUUCAAGCCUCUUAUUUUGCUGCUUAUGGAUGCUUCAUUUCCCUGAUUAAAAAGCCAAGCCUGCUAACGUGUGAACCUCAGGUGUAUCAGGAUCCCAGGAAGAACACAUCUGAAUAAUGCUGCUCACAGUAGAACACUCCUGCUACCUAACACCUGCCCAUGGCAGUACAUUUCUGUACCAGAAGUACAGUAACUUAUGUCCAGGUAACUGAAAGGGGGAAAGGCACAGUUUAUUACUGUGCAAUUUAUGGAAUUUAACAAGGAGACUAAAGGCUGCUAUUUCCAUGGCAAAGAGAGGCAAUGCUGACCUUUGUGCUGUCAUGAAACCUUAAUCUUGAUUUCAGGGGACUCUCUUCAGGCUGGCAGGGAAGCACAGGUCCAGCCACAGCACUGUCUCAGAGCUCUCUCUCUGCUUGAGCUGCACAGAAAGGAUGGCUGUUCCCAAGGAUUCUUAGGAAGGGACCUGGUACCCAUGACAUGGACUGAGAUCAACAGUUCCAGUUACAGAAGACACGUUCACCCUAUGUUCACUCCACUUGCCAGCAGCRUCCCAGCACACUUGGUUACAAACUUCCAAUCCUGCCAGCUCAGGGCAACUGUCCUUAUUGCAGGGCAGCUGUGAAGGUUGGAAAAUGAAGCUGAGUUAAAGAAGCAAAGUCCUACUAGUAACACACCAGGACUGGGUUCCAAUUCAUUUAAAUGCACAUGAAUCUUUGAAAUCCUCUCUGUGGUCAUUUGAUUGAACAUGAAGUUAGAGAUAUUGCUGAGUUCUUCAUGGUCUCUGAUUUUCAAACUGAGUGUCUGUAGUGCCCAUGGACUACAGUUAUAAAGGGAGUUACAGAGGUUCAGCAGCUUGAACCAAACCAGAAAAACUUUCUGCCAAAUAAUCGAUGAAAACUAAGGAAGCUUCUGUAAGCAAAAGUAAGAAAAUUCAUGAAACAAAGGAUUUCCAUCCAAAGUUACAAAGAUGCCCAACAUCUAUUGAUUUAUCAGUGAUUUUUUUUUUCACACCUGCUUUGGAUCGUCUUUCAUCUGCCUCCAACAGAAAACAGAAUGCUAAACACACCCUAAGCACUUCUGGCUUGUUUUCCUUGACUUCUCACCUGCUCAAAAAGGAAUACAGUUUAAUUAUGUAGACUGUGGAUGAUGAAAAUUAUAUGCAGAUGAAUAUUUCUCAUUCUUGGAAGAGCAAUAAUUUUGGAAGCAUGCCAGUAAAGUUUAAAGGACAUUGUGAAAGGUACAGGAUGGACACAUCCUGCUCUAUCUUCAGUAUGGGUGUUUUAACCAGUAACAUCAAAUUUUGGAGUCCAGAAUAAUAAUCAACUAUUGCAUAUAAUUGUAAAUUCUGUACAUAGCAACAUUUUUUGGAUUCCUCGGGAAGAAGGGAAAUUUGAUUUUCAUUCCUAUGAUAAUUCUACUUAAUUAUGUGAAUAUAACAACCAUUCAAAUAAAAGACUUUUGUCUCUGCAUGUUCUCUUGCCCUGUACACCUUAUUCUCUUCUCUUUCAAAAGUUGAGUGAGUCCCAUGCAGUCAAAGCCCAGAUGAAGACGAAACACAUUUUAUUUCUUCUGAAAUCAACAACAGAAUUAAGGUGUCCUAAAAGACUAAUUAAGACUUUCCUUCUAAAUGUGGUUCACUUCACUGAUCCUGUUGUGGCUCAGCUGGGAUGGUACCGAGGGGGAUGUGGGGAAAACUUUGUAGACCUUCAUUUCCUCAGGCCAUGACCUGUGAAGUCCAUGAAGGAGCUCUCUUCAUCUCUGUGGGGCAAGACAAUUUGCCUGCAAAAGUUUUGGAGAGCACAGCUAAUGAAAAGUGGAUAAGGGUCAGGCUAAUAACCCAGAAGGACCACUGUGAGCUAAGAGUUAAUUUGAGCUGGAUCAGGAAAACAUCUUUUGUUGGUUCAGACAACAUCUGAAUGUGAACAUCAAAUGAAUGAAAUUUCAGUUUUGAUGGAAAACAAUCAGUUUACAAUUUCAGCAAUGAGUUAUGCCAAAAAUCCUAACAGGCCCCCACAAGCAUGAUCACUUAGUGAUCAAGGGCAACAUGUUUAUAGUCAGCUGCAGAAUGUCAUGAAGGCCACAGCAGGUGUGGACCUGCCCUGUCCAUCUGGCAAGGGAAGGGCUCCGAUAAACUCUGCUACCACACGGUGCACCCUCCUCAAGUCUGAGGAUGACACCCAGCUGAGUCCUGCCGGUGAAUCAUUUGAGAGAAGGGAUGUUGUCCAGAGGGAACUGGACAGGCCGGGGGCCCACGUGAACACCAUGAAGUUCAGCAAGGCCAAGUGCGAGGUCCUUGACCUGGGGCAAUCCAAAGUACCUGUGCAGAGUAGGGGAUGAAUGGAUGGAGAGCAGCCUAGAGGACAGCUUGGGAAUACUGGUGGAUGGUGCAUUGGACAUGAGCUAUCACUGUGCAUAUGUAGCCCAGAAUGCCAAAUGCGCCCUGGGCUGCAUCCAAAGCCCCAUGGGCAGCAGGGGGAGAGAUGGAAUUCUGCCCCUCCGCUCUGGUGAGACCCAUCUACAGUGCUGCACCCAUCUCUGGGUACACACCCUACAAAGGCCACUGAUUACCCUUCUUAGUGACUCACAAUAUCUCAUCAGGGCUUUGCUGAGGCCUGUUGGAUUCCCCUGCUGCCCUCCUAUUUUGUCCUUUUUAGUCGCAUUUUAAAGGAAGAUAAUCUAGGUGGGGCUAAAAAGUUUAAAUAAAACCAACCUCCAGAUUAUCUACAGAAGUGAAUUUCUAAUUAAGUGAUUUUUUUGGAGAUGUUUAGACAUUUUUGGAAUGGGAUUACCUGUGGAGAGCAGCAGGGGCCCGCAGUGGGUCCCUGCAAAACCCAGGUGAGGCCUCAGAGCACCCUGGAAGGCAAUUAAGUCCCCAUGUGGGCCUCUGCAGAGUCCAAGAAAAGCCCCAGGGCUUUCUGGAGGGCAACUCUGCCAUGUCAGAGCACCAUUGGUGGUAGCAGCAAUGGGGACAAUCCUUUCAUGGCUGGUUCUGUGCGUGUCCUUACCAGAGGGAGCAGAGAGCAGGCAAGUGCCACUGCCUAAGGGACUGUCAUGCGCCAGGAAAGGAUGUUUGCGGGACACCAUGAACCCACUGCUGCCUCAGUGUUCACACCCUGGAACUAAGUUGGAUGAAUGGGCUGGGCUUGGCCAGGGUUUUCUGGAGUGUCCCUUCCCCAUCCUGAACUAGCCCUGCAGGUCUUUCAGCUGGUGUUCUGUGAGCAAGGGCUGCCCAUUAAGGUGGUUUGGAAUGUGCAUCCUGGUGUCCAGAUGUACAACUCACACCAGAUCCCACCAGCAAUUGCUGCUCACACUGGAAGCACCCAGAGGAGCCUGUGCUCGAGGAAAUUCCCUGUGCUUACUGCCUGUGCACCUUGGAGCAUUUCAUUGAUUGUUUCUUCCACAGGCUGCUCCCAGUCACCUGGGACUUCACCUGACUUCCAUGACUUCAAAUACCAUGGAGAGUGGCUAGGCAACUACACCAGCCAAUUCCCUCAGGACUCUGGGACACAUCUCGCCAGGUCCCAUAGACUUGGAUAUGUUCAGGUUCCUCASGUGCUCUCAAAACUGAUCUUCUUUAACAGUGGGAGGGACUUGGCUUCCUCAGUCCCUGCCAUGAGAGCCAUCCACUCAAGAAGUGUGGGAGGAGAGGCUGCCAAUGAAAACUGAGGCAGGAAAUUCAUUGAGUUCCUCAGCCUUCUCCUUGUCCAUUAUCAGUUUGCCAGUUCUUCCACAGGCUGCUCCUUUUUUUUUUUUUUGUGAGAAACACAAUCCCUUGGUCUUAUCCUGUUAAUCCUCCAAGAAAACAAAGACCAUCCAGGUGUCCUUUUUCCUCAAUAAUUGCAUACCAUUCUCCUCCUUUCCAGGACCCUUACUAGGCCUUUCAGCUGUACCUUGAUCCCAGAUCUUGGAAACUAUUUCCAGUUUAUCCUGUAAUGGACAAGAUGAUGGGGAAUAGUGAGCAGGGAUUUGCCAUAUGAGACAGUUCUGCCUUACACUGUAUCACAUGAGGCAGGAAGGUCAGCUGACUCAUAUAAAAAAAAACCUCCCCAGGGCCCUGAAGUACUGUCAAUGUUCUAGUUUCCCAGAAUUUGUCACCAUUGAACCCCAUGUUACCUUACCUAUUGAACCCCCCAAUGAUUGAUGCUGCCCCAGUUUUAGUACCUUCCCAAUGUCAUCUAGCAAGGACAAUUAGGUGAACUCACCCAGUACUGGCUGUGUCAGGUGCCAUCACUAUUCUCACCAGGUGGGGAGACCACAGACUUCCACCUGGAUUUCCAAAUUGCUAUCAGAAURGGUGUGCUUUCAUUUUUCAUCUAGCUUGUGUAUGUGUACCAGAAAGAAGGCAGAAGUUGGCACUACCAAAAACCCCUUUGCUACUGCCAGCCAUAAAGGUGCCUCCAGACUGGGAGCACAAGCAGGACCCCAUGUUACAACCCUUGAUUCCUCAUUUUUACAAUGACUCCCUGCUGAUGGAAAAUAGAGAAUAAAUAAAUUUUUGUUUUCCUCUG